GAUUGGAGUUAGUUGAUCUUCGUGCUUUUGUCAUAAUCGCAGUUAUUCCCUCCGUCAGAAGUGUUGUUAGCAAUGGCUCCACAAUUUCUCCACUAACUGUGUCAAUGCCUAGGUGUAUUUUUUUGUUAUCAGAAGUAAAAGCGCACGAAAAGCAUGCUAGUAGGCUAGCCUAGCUUAGCCAAGCUAGCUGUCAGCAGCAGUGGAGUUGACGAUAGGCUGUCCUGAUAGCUCGUAGGAUAACGUUAGGCAAGUGUGGGUGGUUUUGCUUCUCUUUUCUGUGGAUUAUUUUGUGGUUGUGAAGUGGAUUCGUCCGUAUCUUCGAGUGUCAGACUUGACAUCUCAAAAUGGAAACAUUUGACAAUGAACGGGCAUCACUGCCCAGAAACAUGAUUGAAAACAGCAUGUUUGAAGAGGAACCAGACGUGGUCGAUUUGGCCAAGGAGUCGCCUUCCUAUCCCCUCGACCCUGACGACGUGGUCUACGAACCUCGCAGUUCCCGCCUGCUGGUCCGCGGUCUGGGCGAGAACGACAUGGACGAAGACGAAGAAGAGAUGGAGUCCUCCGCCCGACUCCUGGGCAUGUCAUUCAUGAACCGCAGCUCCAACCAGCGCAGCACUGCCUCAGCCUACAUUCGCCAGACACCCUCAGGGUCGUGCUCCAUGCCCUCCACCAAGACCUUGGUGAUCGGAGUUUUCAUCCUGGUGUUGGUCGCCUCUAUGGUCAUGGUCAUCUACUUCUUACCCGGCUGUACCUUCACCAGAGCCGGCUGCCGGAAGAACAGCUCCGUUCCCUUGGAGAGGGUGUAUCCGAUCUCCACCAGCGGAGAUCUUUUCCCCUGGACUGAGCCAAGGCUUCCUGCCAGCGUUCGGCCCGUCCAUUACGACCUCUCCCUUCACCCGAACCUCACCACCAUGAUCUUUCAGGGAAACGUCUCCAUCAGAAUGUUGGUUCUGCAAGAUGCCAAGAAGAUUGUCCUCCAUAGCUCCGGCCUGAAAAUAGACAGCUGUACUUUACAAGGGAAGAGGGUCAAGAUCCUGGAGUACAAGCCAUGGGAACAGAUCGCCGUCGAGUGUCCCAAGGAACUCAAGAAGGGACAAGAAUACGUGUUGAGCCUCGAAUACUCUGCAAAUUUGUCCAACAGCUACGAGGGGUUCUACAACAGCUCAUACCACAGCUCCAGUGGUAUAGGAAGACUGGCUGCCACUCAGUUUGAACCUGUCGCUGCUCGAAAGGCCUUCCCUUGCUUCGACGAGCCUGCCUUUAAGGCGACUUUUAGCAUCAAGAUAAAGAGAGAAUCUGGAUACGUGAGCCUCUCAAACAUGCCCAAGUUGAAAUCGACCGAUCUAACCAACGGGCUGUUUGAGGAUGAGUUCGAGACUUUCAGCGUGAACAUGAGUACCUACUUGGUCGCUUUCAUUGUGGCCAACUUUACCAGUGUCAGUGCCAACGUCUCCAAUAUCAACGUUUCAGUAUAUGCGGUGCCGGAGAAGAGGGACCAAAUGCACUAUGCACUGGAGAAGGCCUGUGACUUGCUGAAAUUCUACAACCAGUUCUUUGAAAUUGACUAUCCACUAAAGAAACUGGAUUUGGUGGCCAUUCCUGACUUCUUGGCCGGCGCCAUGGAAAACUGGGGACUCAUCACAUUCCGAGAAACAACCCUUCUGGUGGGGAAUCAUUCCUCACCGUUGGACAAGCAGCUGGUCGCCUCUGUUAUUGCGCACGAGCUGGCACACCAGUGGUUUGGGAACCUUGUGACCAUGCGCUGGUGGAAUGACCUUUGGCUGAAUGAAGGAUUUGCCACUUACAUGCAAUACAUGUCGAUCGAGAAAAUUUUCCCCGAACUUGAGAUCGACGAUGACUUCUUAAGCAUGCGCUUCCGCACACUGGCCAAAGACUCCCUGAAUUCCUCUCACCCUGUCUCCAACGAUGUGACCACCCCAGAACAAGUGUCCGAAAUGUUCGACCCCGUGUCGUAUGUGAAGGGCGCAUCCAUGUUACUCAUGAUCAACUCAACGCUCGGCGAACAGGGAUUUCGUAAAGGAAUCAUCGAAUAUUUAAACAAAUACAACGGCGGGAACACAGAGAGUGCAGACCUGUGGAACAGCUUUCCCUCGCUAGACUUGAAUGUGGUGAACGUGACAGAGAUGAUGAACACGUGGACGAAGCAGAAGGGUUUUCCUCUGGUGACGGUGAAAAGGACAGGCACAGAGGUGACCGUGAGCCAAGAGCCCUUUCUCCUCAACGCAGACAACAGCAGCAGAGUUUCCAGCAGUCUUUGGCAUGUCCCCUUAACGUAUGUGAAUGACAGUUGCAGCAAUGCUGACAUCUGUAAGCAAGUGUUUCAUCUAAACAGCAAAACAGCCACGUUUAAGGUGCCGGCCGGUGUGAAGUGGUUGAAAUUCAACUUCCGAGGCGACGGAUUUUACAUCGUGCAGUACGAAGACGGGGGUUGGCAGUCUCUCACCGACGCUUUGAGAGAAAACGUCAGCGUCCUUACUCACGAAGACAGGGCGUCGCUCAUCAAUAACGUCUUCGCUCUCUCCAGACUGGGUAAAGUAUCCUUCCGACAAGUUUUAAACGUCUUGGCCUAUGUAACCAAUGAGACGGACGCUGCUCCCGUAACCGAGGCUUUGACUCAGCUGACCAGAAUCUACAGAAUGCUUGAAAAAAGAUCAGAGUUGAAACUGGCAGCAAGAAUGAAAUCGUACAUCUUUGAACAUUUUAAGCAUCUGAUGGACGACCACUCGUGGGAGGAAGAGACGUCGAUAUCUAAGCAGUUACUGAGGUCCUCGGUGUUGGAGACAGCCUGUAGUCUGGGCCAGGAGAACUGUACCCGCCACGCUGAGUCCGUCUUUAAAGAAUGGUUAACGUCCAAUAAAACAAAACAGAUUCCUGGAGAUCUUCUGAAGACAGUUUUCUCCGUGGCCGCUCAGUCAGAUGAUGAUUGGGGUGAACUGUUGGAAACCUACAAAUACUCCAUUUUUGACUCGGAGAAACGCAAGAUCCUGGAAGCCAUGUCUAGCACAAACGACGUCCGGAAAAUCAUAUGGUUAUUAAAAGAGGGUCUGGACGGAGGUAACAUCCAGACUCAGGAACUGCCUCUGGUCAUCGAGACAGCUUGCCAGAGCUUCGGUGGUUACCUCCACGCUUGGAAUUUUGUCAAAGAAAACUGGGAUAAAUUAACUGAAAAGUUUCCCAUUGGAUCUUUUUCCCUUCAAAGAAUAAUCAUGUCUACGACCAGUCAGUUCUCUACAGAGAUGCAUCUCGACGAGGUGCAGAAUUUCCUCAGCUCUCUUAAGGAGAAAGGAUCUCAGAUGAGGAGCGCCCAGGAGGCCGUGGAGACGAUCAGAUUAAACAUUCGGUGGAUGGAGGAGAACCUGGACACUCUGAGGAAAGCGUUGUAGACGCGUGGACCGCCUCUCUCUACCGCCACGCCCCUCUUCUCCGCUAAUCCGCACAGGCAGUGACGCCGGAUUAAAUUUGACCGAUGUCGCACGACGGCCGGAGCGGAAGACUUGUAAGGUUGGACCAUGUCAUUCAGCAGUCGUCACAUUUUUACCUGUUUUUGUUUUGGGGGUUUUUUGGGGUUUUUUUUUCAGUCUGUAGUAGCUUGGUUGGUGAUGUCAGAAACAAACCGUAACCAAGCACUUUAGAGCUGCUUUUUUUUGUGUGUAUGUGCGCGUGCGUGCGUGUGUGUGUGCACGUGUGUGUGUGUGUGUGUGUGCUGAACUAUCUAACCUGUCAGUUUAGCUAUCGAAGACAAAGGUUACGAAGCUUUCGUUUGUUAAUCUGAUUCACAGAUAAACAAAAUGCUCCUGUUUGAGUGCAAAUGUAAAUUUGUUGAUUUGAAAUGUCUGAUUAUAUUGAUUGAAAGUAGUUUUGUAAUUUCUGAGCAAAAUGAACUUAACAGAAAUA